AUGAUUCCCAUAACACUAGAUUUCCAAAUCACCGGGGGUUACAGCAAACCCUUGAUCGGUAAAUUAGCUGCGCCUGAGCCGCGCAGAACACUACCCGUUGGCCGCACAUUUCAAUCCCAUGCCGCUUGGGUCCUGAGCAAAUGGACUCUAGCCGAACAUAAAGCUCGGGCUGGUAGACCAGAGUCUGGGCCAUCUGAGCUCAGCCCAGCCAAUUGGGGGACGGUGGACGAGGCCGAGGACGACCCGUUCUCGGCGGCCAACUCGACGAUGUCCAACACCUUGCCGCUGGCCGACCGGCCCAGCUUCAGCCGCUCUAAUUCGCGCUCCCACACGCCUUUCGUCGGCCUGCUUUCGCCCGCUACCAGGUCGCCUGUCAUCGGCCCCAGCUCUCCCUUGCCUCCAGCAGCCCUCUUUGAAGGCUAUCAGACCCAAACGGAUAGCCGUCUGAGCCGCGCCAAAGGCUCCGACGAGAUCGCCAUCGGCGCCAACACCCUCCCCGAGGUGUCCAACUCCAAGGGCUUGGGAUCUGGCGACACCUUCUCUUCCACCUCCGACGCAAUUCUCCCCCGCCCUCGACCUCCCUGA